GCCCCUUUUGUCUCCAGCGAAAGAAAAAUAAUCCGGAUUUCUUUCCUCCUCGUGUCCACUUUCUUCAUAUCAAUCGCCAAACCUGAACCAAGUCUGACUUGGAUGCCACUCGUUUAGUCCAGCCAUCCAUGGUAUCCUUCUGAUCGAGUUCUACACACACAGUUCGUCAUUGUGGCAGCAGGCGCCGCUCACCUGGGUAUCUGCUCGCAUGUCCACUAGUAUCGACAAUCAACAGAAUCACAACUCGUCUGUCUUUUCGUCGCACUCACGGAAACGGUCUUCUCCUGUUUCGGUGCCACCGACUGGCGAUUCCUCCGGCAAGGCUUCGCCAAUGUGUUCAGAGAAACCAAUCAUGACGCAAAGGUCACGACUCGUCAAGGCCAGCUUGAUCAUUGCUGGGGCGUUUUUGUUCUUGCUGUAUUUGGUUCCUUCGAGACAUUCUGUCCCUAAUAUUCCGGAUGCUGUUUCCGAUACGACAGGUUCCACGACGAAAUGCACGAAACCAUAUGAUCCGUCCAAGCCUUUACGGCAAUACGUUUUGAUGAUCGAUGCUGGAAGUACCGGAUCUCGCAUUCACGUUUAUCGCUUUAAUAACUGCGGACCGACUCCCGAACUUGAGGAUGAGGUCUUUAAAAUGACCGAGCCGAGAGAAGGUGGAUCUGGUCUCAGCUCCUAUAAGGAAGACGCCGAAGGUGCGGCAAAGAGUCUCGAUGUGCUGAUGGAUGUUGCUAUGGAAAGUGUCCCUGAUGAGUACAAGCCCUGCACGCCAGUAUCGGUUAAAGCGACAGCAGGUUUGCGUCUGCUUGGAGACGAGCUGAGCGACGAGAUCCUACGAGCAGUGAGACAUCGGUUGGAGACCGUCUAUCCAUUCCCGGUCGUCUCGGACGAGAAGGGAGGAGUACAGAUUUUGGAUGGAAGCAAAGAGGGAGUUUAUGCCUGGAUCACCACCAACUACCUUCUCGGUAAGAUUGGUGGGCCAGACCACACACCGACAGCUGCCAUCUUUGAUUUGGGCGGUGGCUCGACCCAGAUUGUCUUCCAGCCAACCUUUGACAGCCCGGCUGGUGGUAUGCCAGAGAAACUUGCCCCGGGCGAUCACAAAUAUGAACUGCAAUUUGGCGGACGCGACUUUGAACUCUACCAACACUCCCACCUUGGUUACGGUCUUAUGGAAGCCCGUGCCGCGGUUCACAAGUCCAUCGUCGAAGCUAAACUCGCAGCAAGCCCGACGGAUAAGUCCUGGCUGAGCAAACCAAUCCCGAAUCCUUGUAUCGGUCCUGGCAUGACACGACAGGUUAAUCUUACAUUCCCGAAGGAACACGAUUUGGCACCUGAAAUAUCGGUCACCAUGGUCGGACCCAAGGAAUUAUCUGCACCUGCUCAAUGCCGUGGAUUAACCGAAAAGAUCUUGCACAAGGAAGCUGAUUGUAAAUUGGCUCCUUGUUCCUUCAACGGAGUUCAUCAACCUUCUCUCGAAAAGACUUUUGCCAAGGAGGAUGUCUAUAUCUUUUCCUACUUCUACGACAGGACCAAACCUCUCGGGAUGCCGGAUUCUUUCACCCUCCAUGAGCUACAACGCUUGACCGAAAUUGUCUGCUCUGGAAAGGAUAACUGGGGAAUUUUCGAAGGUAUCGACGGAGCCCUGGAAGAACUCGAAGGCCGCCCAGAGUCUUGUCUGGAUCUCAACUUUAUGCUCGGUCUUCUUCACACUGGUUAUGAGAUGCCUCUAUCUCGCGAGGUGAAGAUCGCAAAGAAGAUUAAGGGUAACGAACUGGGUUGGUGUUUGGGUGCAAGCUUGCCACUACUGAGUCAAGAUUCAGGCUGGACCUGCCGCAUCAAGGAAGUCUCAUAAGGGAACCGCAAUCACGAUGCCAUGAUAAUAUAUAUUCUUCAAGACAGGUCUAUACAGGCAUUAUAGUGUAAUCAUUCUUCUAUAUUCCAUCUGCAUUCAAGCAUGAGGUUUCUUGUAUCGAACUUUUGUUCCAGUUUAUUGUUUUUAUGAUGUUUGGGAAGGAAAUCUAGACUAUUGUGUUUUUUGGUUGGUGUUGUUUGUAUGGUCUGAUACAGUAUCUGAGAAUGUAUAGAUACCGGGAUUUGGAUGGAUAUGUAGAAUUAUUUCAGGUCAUAACCUAAAUGUGGGAGAUUGCUAAAAUCUUAUACAUUGAUAUUGCUGCGCU